UCCUGCCACUGGCUGCUACUGUCCGCGUUGAACGAGCCGCACCACCCUUGUCUUGGUCUGGUUGAUGCCCAGCUAAAGUCUCCAAGGUCUCCACCCAGACGACGCCUUUCCUGAAUCCACAGCCCUCUGGCUCCUGCCCAGCGCCUUGUUCCAACUUUCCAGCGACGCGUGAAUCUGGCGUGAAUUGGAUUCCCUCAGCGCGUCGAUGAUGGAGCGCGUGCUGUCAUCAGCUCCCCAAGUCCCCCGCUGCUGCUCAGACCUGUCCAAAAGUCGGCCACCUCCGCAUCUUCUGCGAAAACCUUCAGAAACACUACACAUAGAUCCAUAGCGCAACGCAGUUCCGCAACCCUCUGCUCCGCUUGCUCCCGUCCUCUCGGCGGCCCUCCCACAAAGUGUUCCAGACCUGGCGUUACAAUGCGGCGAGAUGAUAUGACGCUGAAUUUCUUCUUCCCGCCGGAGACCGCUGCCAAUGUUAAGAGAAACAUCCCGUAUGUGAGGGAGAGCUCGGGGGCCCAAAUAUCCGUGAAAUCUUCGCACUUGGUGAUUAAAGGGGGCGUGGCUGCUGUCCAUAAAGCGCAAUGUAGACUGGCGGCGUAUACAAGUCCUACCAAGGAGCGAAGCAUCCCAUACGCAAUCUUACUCAAAAUGCAAGACACAACGCGCCUCCGGUUUCAAGUAGCACACCCCAAUGUUGGCCACCGUGGUUCAGUCAACAAGGCGGCUGAGUCUGCUGGGUGUGUUGAUGCACAGUCGCAACAGAGUGACUCUGUCGGCCAGUUUGCUCCCGGCCUCUAUGCCCUGCAGUUUCCAGAAAUUCAGUCACAAGCACACGGGGCGCCAAAUGAUGUACUCGCCUCGAUGCCCAAAGAAUUCCGUUUUAGAGAUCCCACCAAGAGCGGAGGCUCAAAGAUCCGAGGCAGUCCAAUGGUGGAAAGAGUCAGCCCACAGGAAGAUGACUCACACCUAUGGACGUUCUUUCUGCGGAAGUUUUCCGAUUGGUUCUACCGAAGUUCCCUUGUUCCGCGACCGGCAAAGAGCGGAAAUUCGAGCAUGAGAGCGUUUUCAACCUUCAAAACGGCGCUCUUCAAAGUGCAUGUCUCUUUAACGGACGUGGAAAUCGAAUUUUGGGAAUUCAAGGCAGCCGUGGCGACAGGGAAGAUUGAAGUGCGGAUUUACAAUUACUCUCCCUGUUCUGUAGUGGAGCCAAUUUUGAAACGGUACAAGCUGAACGCAGGGUGUGGCGAACCUACACCAUUUUAUAAGUCGACGAUACUCGGCUGGUGCCGGAACAUCAAUAAUUCUUGGUCCCAGUGGGCCUCUCAGGUAAGAUACGCAUCAUUAUUUUAUAUGCCUUGUUGUUCACCAAGCAUAUUUAUAGGUGAUGGUGCCCGACGCCGAACUCAGCAACAAUCCGGCCACAACACUGCCUAACCUUGAAUAUGACAUUUCGUCCUCCCUGAAGCGCAGGGUGUUCAUCUUCUCUCCGAGCAUGACCAA